CAAAAAGGUAAAAAAGAUAAAUAUAUUAUUGCCCAUAUGCUACACUUAUACCUAAUACAUUCAGAUUUCAGGCGUUGAAAUUUAGUCCGGCCGAAGACCAGUGACCAGUACUCGACUGGCGUCGCAUGUUCUAACGAUCUACAGCCGAUCAAAUUUGAAACAAUGUCGAGAAAAUUAGGAAUUAUUGUUGUACUACUAGCAGUAGCGUCGAUCUGUGAAUCUGCGGCGAUAUUUCACCCGAUCUCUGAAUCUCACCGGUCUGCUGCAUCAGAACUGUUUUCUGGAUCGUUUUCGAGCUUAGAAGAAGCUUAUGAAGGAUUAAGGACAUUUGAGGUUCUUGGAAUAGAAAAGAAACCUGAUGUGAAGGACCACACUUGUAAGUCUGUGGUGGAUACUCUUUCUUCGGUGUCUUCGAACUCAAGGGACUUGUAUCAUGCGUUACGAGUUAAUGGGAUACUGAAAUGCAGGAUCAGUAAGGAAGAUUUAACGGGCAUUGUAUUGAGAUUUAAAGGUGCCGUCAAAGAUGCAGCAUCUCUUCUAGAUUAUUAUCAUUCCAUAGGUGGUUUGCUACUCGUUAAGGAUCAAAGUUCUGAAGUAGAUGUACAUCUGGAAAAUGCUGAUGGGAUUUUACGCUCCAUAAAGGCUCUCAGCCAAAGUGAUGGAAGGUGGCGUUAUAGUUCUAACAAUCCCGAGUCAAGUACCUAUGCUGCAGGAUUAGCUUUUGAAACCAUUUCUGGAGUUAUAUCAUUAGCAGCUUCUGCAGUCGAUGAAAAUUUGAUUGGCACACUGAAAAAAGAUAUUGUGAAGCUCUUUGACAGUAUUGAGAAAUACGAUGAUGGGUCUUAUUACUUUGAUGACAAGCACAUUGAUGCAAGUGGACAUCAGGGUCCGCUUUCCGCCACCUCAGCCGUUGUUCGAGGGCUGACAGCAUUUGCAUCCACUUCCGAAAGUUUAAAUAUACCCGAGGACAAGAUUUUGGGUUUGGCAAGAUUUUUUCUUGGGAUUGGUGUCCCUGGAAAUAGCAAGGACCUGUUUUACCAAAUUGAUACUUUAUCUCACUUAGAAAACAACAGGGUGUCAGUUCCUCUAAUUUUAUCACUUCCGGCUACCGUGCUUUCAUUGACCACUAAAGAUAAACUCAAGGUCAAGGUGAGCACGGUUCUGGGAUCCACCGCUCCUCCUUUGUCAGUAAAACUGAUGCAAGUUUUCAGCUCCGGUUCAAGAGACGCUUCAGUUCUUAAACAGGAACUUCAUUUUGAUCCAAAAGAAGCAGUGCAUACCCUAGAUGCUUUACCCGAAGGUGUCGAUAUUGGGGAGUAUGUUUUUGCUUUUGAGAUUGUGCUUUCAGAUCCAGAACAUAAAAGAAAAUUUGCUACUGGAGGCCGAACAAAAGUGCCGGUUCACGUUACAGGAGUCGUUAAAGUUGAGAAUGCAAAAGUUGCAGUGCUUGAGGGCGAUAUUGUUGAGUCUGAAAAGAAGCUAGAUUUACCUGGAAAGAAUGAUUUGGCACUUUCAGCGAACCACCUUCAAAAGCUGCACGUAUCAUUUCUGUUGACAACUCCGUUUGGCAAACCGUUCAAGCCUCAUCAGGCCUUGUUAAAGUUAAGGCACGAAAGUGGAGUCGAGCAUAUCUUUGUUGUCGGAAACUCCGGGACGCACUUUGAGAUAACUCUGGAUUUUCUCAGUCUUGUUGAGAAGUUUUACUAUCUCUCAGGCCAAUAUGACAUUGAGCUUACAGUAGGAGAUGCCGUCAUGGAGAACUCUUUCUUACAACCUCUCGGAUCUAUCGAACUAGAUCUCCCCAAGGCACCUGAAAAGUCAACCCAACCCCCUCCACAAGCUGUUAAUCCGUACUUACGAUACGGGCCGAAGCCCGAGAUAGCUCAUAUCUUCCGGGUUCCAGAAAAACUCCCUCCUCAAGAGGUUUCUUUUGCUUUCUUGGGUCUGGUUCUUGUCCCAUUCCUCGCAUUCCUUGUUGGGUUGUUACGUCUUGGUGUGAACUUAAAGAACUUCCCCACAUCAGCCAUUCCCGCCACAUUUGCCAUCCUCUUCCACGGUGGCAUUGCAGCGGUGCUCAUUCUCUACGUGUUUUUCUGGUUGAAGUUGGAUCUUUUCACGACAUUGAAAACCUUGGGAGUUAUCGGGAUUUUCUUGAUGUUUGUGGGACAUAGAACUCUUUCCCACCUUGCUUCAGCGUCAGCCAAGCUAAAAUCGGCCUGAGAAACCCCACCUAUUAGAUACUUUUACUUAUAGAAGUAAUAGACAUGGUGAUACAACUGUUGCUGAAUCAUGAUUAUUACUAGAAAAAAGGCCUUAAAUGUUAGAAUUCAGUUUUGACUAUUGAGUUUGGUAUUGUAAUGCUAUCUAAUCCUGUUUAGAUCUUUUUUAUCGUCUUGAUAUUAAAUCCUAUCUUAAGUGGGACUUGUUUUUUUGACGAUAAAUUAGGACUUUUUUUUUUCUAUGCAUUACUUUUGCUUGUUCU